CUCUGCAGCUGGGAGUAGUAGUCAGUAGUUUGUAGUUUGGGUUGGUGAAGCUCCCGAUCGGCUGGACUCCACAAGUUUUGCUCUCAGAACCAGAACCACCAAACUACUGAACCACUGAACAGAACCGCCGAUAAACCGGAUUAAAACCGGAUUAAACUCUGAGAACUUUCACUAAGGAAUCACCGCAGGACCAACUCCAGCUUCACUCAACUCACUUAUAAUAUACCCACUACUACUUAUCUACUGAUCUACUGCUGCUGCUACUGUUCAGUCCGGAGCCCCCAGCCCCCCCCGCCCCGCCAACAACCCGCCCCCCUGCCCCGCCAACAACCCCGCCCCAUUCCCCCUUCCCGCCUGAGGAGGAAUCUGGCACCGUGGCACUACCAGAGGGAUGAAUGAGGUUUCCUCCACGUUACUCCGGCGGUACCGCCUGGCCCGGACAGAGACCAGCACCUCUGUCUCUGAUGGGGCGGAGGGACGGGACGUCUCGGGGGACGGAGACCCCGCCUUCCCUCUGUCGUCGGUAGCAGGACUGCUGGAGGGGGAGGACGGGUCCCCCUCACCGCCGGACCCCGGGCGGACCACCGGCCAGCCUCAGGCCGACGGCAAGCAGAACCUCCGCAAUAAGUUCCAGGGAGCCUUUAAAAAGGGCAUCUCCAACCCCAUGGACCUUCUGGAGUCCACCAUCUACGAGUCCCCCGUGGCCCCGGGGCCCAAGAAGGCCCCCAUGGACUCGCUGUUCGACUACGGAACGUGCAGAGCAAACAACAACCAGAAACGCCGCAGAAAGAAGCUUCCACGAGGGAAGACGGAGAACGAGAUGUCGUGUGACGAGAGCUCUGCCGACCCUCCCAAGGUCCUGAAGGUGUUUAACCGCUUCCUGCUGUUUGACGCCGUGUCCCGGGCGGACCCCGAGGCUCUGGACGGGCUGCUGCAGUACCUGCAGGCCCAGGAAAAGAGGCUCAUCGACGAGGAGUUCAAAGAAUUGUCCACAGGGAAGACAUGUUUACCCAAAGCUCUGCUGAAUCUGUACGGUGGGAAGAACGCCACCAUCCCCCUGCUGAUGGACAUCGCUGAGCAGACCGGAAACCUGCGCGAGUUCAUCAACACGCCAUUCAGAGACGUCUACUACCGCGGUCAGACGGCGCUGCACAUCGCCAUCGAGAGGCGCUGUAAGCAGUACGCGGAGCUGCUGGUGGAGAAAGGGGCGGAUGUUCACGCUCAGGCCCGCGGACGAUUCUUCCAGCCACGAGACGAGGGAGGAUACUUCUACUUCGGGGAGCUGCCGCUGUCUCUGGCCGCCUGCACUAAUCAGCCGGACAUGGUGCACUACCUGACGGAGAACAGCCAUAAGAAGGCGGACAUGCGGCGGCAGGACUCGCGAGGGAACACGGUGCUGCACGCGCUGGUGCACAUCGCCGACAACACCCGCGACAACACGCGCUUCCUCACCAAGAUGUACGACCUGCUGCUCAUCAAGUGCGCCAGACUCUACCCAGAAUGCAACCUGGAGCAGGUGCUCAACAACGACGGCAUGUCCCCGCUCAUGAUGGCCGCCAAGCUGGGCAAAAUCGGGGUGUUCCAGCACAUCAUCCGCAGAGAGGUACAGGUGGAAGAGGCUCGUCACCUGUGCCGGAAGUUUAAGGACUGGGCUUAUGGACCUGUUUACUCGUCCCUGUACGACCUGUCCUCGCUGGACACCUGUGGAGAGGACGUCUCUGUGCUGGAGAUCCUCGUCUACAACAGCAGGAUAGAGAACCGUCACGAGAUGCUGGCUGUGGAGCCCAUUAACGAGCUGCUGAGAGCCAAGUGGCAGAAGUUUGCAGCCGUGACAUUUUACAUCAGUGUGAUCUCCUACCUCAUCACCAUGAUCAUCUUCACACUGGUCGCCUACUACCGUCCCUCAGGGGGCAAGCCUCCAUAUCCGUAUGUAACCCCGGAGGACAAACUGCGUCUGACUGGAGAAAUCAUCACCCUCGCCUCUGGAGUAUUCUUCUUCUUAACUAAUGUUAAAGACCUGUUCCUGAAGAAGUGCCCGGGGGUGAACUCCUUAUUUAUUGAUGGAUCCUUUCAACUCCUCUACUUCAUCUACUCGGUUCUGGUUCUGGUGACGGCGGCUCUGUACCUGUCGGGAAUCGAGGCCUACGUCAGCGUGAUGGUGUUCGCUCUGGUGCUCGGCUGGAUGAACACGCUGUACUUCACCAGAGGACUCAAACUCACCGGAACCUACAGCAUCAUGAUCCAGAAGAUUCUCUUCAAAGAUCUUUUCCGGUUCCUGCUGGUCUACGUUCUCUUCAUGAUCGGUUACGCUUCAGCUUUAGUAUCCCUGCUGACGGUCUGCCCCGCGAACAGCACCGACUGCUCAGUUACCCCCUGCCCCACCGUCCCACACUGCAGAGACACCGUGACCUUCAGCCUCUUCCUGCUGGACCUGUUCAAACUGACCAUCGGCACGGGGGACCUGGACGACCUGGUGCAGGGGGCGCAGUACCCGGUGGUCUUCCUCAUCCUGGUGGUCACCUACAUCAUCCUCACCUUCGUGCUGCUGCUCAACAUGUUAAUCGCCCUCAUGGGGGAAACGGUCAGCCAGGUUUCUAAAGAGAGCAAGAAGAUCUGGAAGCUGCAGUGGGCGACAACCAUCCUGGACAUCGAGCGCUCAUUCCCCGUGUGUCUGCGGCGGUAUUUCAGAGUGGGAGAGAUGGUGACGGUGGGAAAGAACUGGGACGGAACGCCCGACAAACGCUGGUGCUUCAGGGUGGAUGAGGUGAAGUGGUCUCACUGGAAUCAGAACCUCGGGAUCAUUAAUGAAGACCCGGGACAGAAAGAGUUAAACCAGCAGGAAAACGAGCAGAGCGGAAAAAGAUUACGCAGAGACCGGUGGUCCACGGUGGUCCCGCGGGUGGUGGAGCUGAGUAAAGGGAAUAGAAACAGUCACCACGUGGUGGAGAUGGAACCCCUCAGCCCCAGAAACAGAUUCCGCUCUGAGAGCUAAAACCAGAGCCCAGGGGAUCCAAACCCAACAGAGACUCAAAACCAGCUAAACUGACCAAUCAGAGACCACCAGCACCAGCGUGAUGAGGGGUCCAAACCCACUGCAGUCAAUACAGGGUCCAAACUCAGGCUCAGUCACUACAUACAUCACAGGACUGGAGAACCAGAUCAACUCGGAUCGGUCAAAUCCUGUUAAACAGCACCAAACUGGACGUCCAGAUAUGCUGUGAUCAGAUUUUAACUUUUAGAGACUUUUAAAGACUUUUAAACUUUUAUGUUGGAUAUAAUUUAUUUUAUUAAGUCAUUUUGCACCAAUUCAGCCAAGACAGGUUUAUAAUGCACUAUAUUUCCAAACGUUAGUGGACACGCCUUCUAACAAAUGCAAACAGCAACUUUUAGUGCAUAGUGCUAAAUAUUAGAACCAAGAUAAAGCUUUUAAAAUAUAGAAAGCAUUUUUAGUAAACCCUGGAUUCAAGAAUUCAUAUGAUUCAUCCCUACAUUGGUCAGGAACAUACAGUGAAAAAAAUACAGCUCUGUAAAAAAAUAAGAGAUUAACUCACUGCUUAAAAAUGAUGAGUUUCUUUGAUUUUACCAAAUUGAAAACCUCUGGAAUAUAAUCAAGAGGAAGAUGGAUGAUCACAAGCCAUCAAACCACCAAACUGAACUGCUUGAAUUUUUACACCAGGAGUAAAGCAGCAUAAAGUUAUCCAAAAGCAGUGUGUAAGACUGGUGGAGGAGAACAUGAUGACAAGAUGCAUGAAAAAAAAACUGUGAUUAAAAACCACCAGAGUUAAUCCACCAAAUAUUGAUUGAAUACUGAACUCUUUAAAGCUUUAUGAAUAUGAACUUGUUUUUUCUUUUGCAUUAUUUCAGGUCUGGAAGCUCUGCGUCUUUUUUUUUUUUUGUUAUUUCAGCCAUUUCUUUUUUUUUUUGCAAAUAAAAGCUCUAAAUGACAAUAUUUUUAUUUGGAAUUUGGGAGAAAUGUUGUCUGUAGUUUAUAGAAUAAAACAACAAUGUUCAUUUUACUCAAACAUAAAUCUAUAAAUAGCAAAAUCAGAGAAACUGAUUCAGAAACUGAAGUAUUCUCUUCAUUUUUCCAGAGCUGUAUAUGAUAAAUAUCAGUGUUAAGAAGUUUUUUUCAGAUUUUUUUCUGUGAUCUGACAGACGGCUCUAAAAACUUCUGCUCUGUUAAGUGACCCGACUGCAGUCUUCCACCAUAAGGGCUCUUGUUCCGCCCCCUCAGUGGAGGCGGGGCACUUCAACACUAAGGAGGAACACAGGGACACACAAGUACUUUUCAGCUGCAGGUUUUUAUAUACGACUUUUUAACCAGGAGAAACUUUAGUUUUAUAGAUGUUUUGUAAGUGUUUGUACUCAGGGACCUGUUGUACUGAUCUGUCCAGGCUCCGCCCACAUAAAAAAAAAAGUUCGUACAUAGCAACAGUUGCUCGGUUUUUAUAAUUUUUAGAAUUUUUAUGUUUUAUACAGUAAUGUUUGACUUCUAGGCUUGGUGAUCAAUAUUAUACAACAUGGCUACUGAAGUGUUAGCAUGCUGGCUACUGGUCUCCAGCAAGUGUUAGCAUGCUGGAAGUGUUAGCACGCUGACUAAGGGUGUCAUUUAAUACUGUUACUGCAGUAUGCCAGCUAUUGGCCUAAUCCAACAUUGCUACUGCAGUGUUAGCAUGCUGGCUAUGGGUUUCAUUCAAUAUCACUACUUCAGUGUUAGCAUGCUGGCUACUGGUCUCAUCCAACCUCUGGUACCAAGGUGUUAGCAUGCUGGCUUUGGUCCUCAUUUGAUAUGUCUACUGAAAUGUUAGCAUGCUCGCUAUGGGCCUAAUCCAACAUCGCUACUGAAGUGUUAGCACACUAGCUAUGGGCCUCAUCUAACAUCUGGUAUCAUAGUGUUAGCAUGCUGACUAUGAGCCUCAUUCAACAUAGCAACUGUGGUGUUAGCAUGCUGGCUACUGGUCUUAUCCAAUAUCACUACUGCAGUGUUAGUAUGCUGGCUAUUGCCCUAAUCCAACAUUGCUAAUGAAGUGUUAGCAUAAUGGCUAUGGUCCUUCUUCAACAUCCUGGUACCAAGGUAUUAGCAUGCUGACUAUAAACAUCAUCCAACAUCGCUACUGCAAUGUUAGCAUGCUGGCUAUGGUUCUUAUAUUACAUCACUACAUAAGUGUUAGCAUGCUGGCUACUGGUCUCAUCCAACAUAGCUAAUGAAGUGUUAGCAUGCUGGCUAUGGGUCUCCUCCAACAUCAAUACUGCAGCAUUAUCACACUGACUAUGGGCCUUGUUCGUUAUUGCUUUCACAGUCUUAGUAUCCUUACCAAACUUUAGCAUGCUGGCUUUCAAUCAUGUCUCUCUGUAUGUUACUGUAUGUUAGCACAUUGGCUAAGGGUCUCUUCUAACAUCAUAACUUCAGUAUUAGCAUGUGGUUAGCGCAGCACUAUCCUUCCAUUAGCUAAUGGUGCAGGCUACAAUGUUAGCAAUAAUAAAAUUGCUGAAUCUGAUAAUGUGUUGGAACUAAAGGUGGGGGCGGAGCUUGGGCAGAUCAUAGAAUUAUUAAGAUCAUCUAGAAUGAGGCUGUUCUAAAUGUUUGGAAUUAUCUCAAUCAAACAGUGAUAAUCUGAUACAGUGAUAAACCAAAUAUAAAUACAUGCUCAACGAUUUUGCACAUUUUUUGCCGUUUUAAUCUAUUUUUCUUUUUAAUUUUUGCUUUUAAUUCACUUUAAUUACACAUUUUACACCUCUAUUCGCAUAUCUUCAUAAUUUAAAUCUUUUUAGGCACAAGGUGUUUCCAGUAAACUGGCCAUUCCGAGUAUGAUUGAUUAUUAUGGAGUACAAUAAAUGUGUUUUCAAUAAAGUGGCCACUAUAUUUAAUACAAGAAAGUUGUUUCCAAUAAACUGGAAAUUUAAAUAAAGUAAAAUGUGUUUGAUUCAAUUUAGUGACCAAGUGCAAUGUAGGUGUUUCCAAUAAACUGGCCAUUCCAUAUAAGGUAAUCUGGCAGUUUGUUUCUAAUAAACUGGCCAAUAAAUUUAAGUGUGGUUUAGGUGUUUCCAAUAAACUGGCAGUUCGAUUCAAUUUCAAAGUAGGGUUUUCCAAUAAAAGAAAAGUCAAUUUAAGUACAAUUUAAGUACAAUUGAAGUGUUUCCAAUAAAUCGACCAUUGAUUAAAGUACGAGGUAGUUGUUUCCAUUAAAGUGGCCACAGCAGCGAACCUACAGUGCCUCAAUCGGUGGCUUGGUUUUAAUCUUUCUGUAUUUGUUUUUUAAUGUUUGUAUUUUAUUGUUUAAUAUCAGAGUCCUGUAUUCUGUACAUAUUGGUGCUCAUUAUUAUAAGUUUUAAUCGAUAUUAUAACUUUUAAUUGUUAUUAUACGUUUUCUGAAGAUAAACUGACUGAACUGCUGAAGUGGCAGUGAUUUUGCCUUUUUUUAUGCAAUAUAUUGGUUAAUUGUAUUCUUUUUCCUCAGAGCUUCAGCAGAUCUGUUUACUGCAGUCUUACACAGUCAAUAGAGCUGAAUUUAUACAGUAGAUUAUAGAAAUAGAUGAUAAUAUAUUAUAAAUAUAUUAUAUAACAGUAGAAACUGAAGGUGUCUGUGCUGAUUCUGCUGUCUGGAGCAGCCUGUUGGUUUUGUAUGUAUAUAUUUUUUGCUCCAAUAAAAUAUUUUUUUUUU